AUGUCUCAACAACAUGGAGGUGGUAUUCUUCAACCCGCUGGCAUUGUUUCCAACGUGGAACAAAGUCCCUUCUUUAAGAAUGGUGGAGUGUUUGUCACCAUUGGAAUCAACUUGAUUAUUCUCGCAUUCGUCACCAUUGGAUAUGUUUGUUGUUUUCGAAGAUGUACCAUUUUCAAUGUGAAGAAGAAGAAGAAACUUCUCGCCAAGUGUUUGGCUCGAGAGAGUGAACUAUUUCGAGUGCAAACCUCAUCCACUCCUUCUCAAAUUCAUCCCAGCACAGCAUUUGAUCUUUCACCCAAUUUGACAUUGAAUCAACACGAAGAAGAGGAUGUUUCCAACAACAACAACAUCAACAACACCAAUAGAAACAAGAGUCCUCAAGACAACAUCCCUCAAGAUAAUCAUCAAGAAAUCAAAGAUUCAAAACAGACGACAAGAAAUUCCUCUCAAUCACCAACAGCAGCAAGUCCAUCACCACCACCACUAUCACAACCACUGCCACCGCCACCUCCACCAAUACCCAAACAACGAAACCAAUUUCAUGAGAAUUGUGCCUAUGUGGAAGUCAAAGACAUUGGAAAGAAAACAAACUCUUAUUGGACCUUAAGAGGAAUAUUCCUCUAUCGAAUCACGAUGAGUCUUCUCGAGACACCGUUCUUAAUCAUGUUAGCCAUUGUGAAAAAGAGAAAACGACUUGACUCUUCUUCUGACUCUUCCCAUCAUUCAUGUUCACACGCUCGAAAGGAUGAAAAACGAGUAUUGCGAUUUUAUGGACGAGAUGUUUUAAUGUAUUUGAAAUUUCAUCAAUUGAUGUGGUGGGGCUUACUCAUUCUCUUACUCUUGUACAGUAUCUUGUUGUAUCCCAUUCACAUUUCACAACAGAAUCAAUUGGAUCCUACUCAGAGAGAAAAAUUCACAACGAACAGCACUGGCUUGAAAGUUGGAGCCAAUGAUCAAUUUCUAGUCAUUUCCUCCAUUAACACAGUCCUAAAAUUACCAGGAGUGCUCGUAGUGCAUGUCUUUCUCACCAUAUUCUCAGUAACUCUGUGGCUCUUUUUGAUGGGAUUUCUCUUUUUGCAUGAUCCUUCGUUAAAGACAUUUAAUUACAGAGGAUGCGAUCAGGAAGGCAUUUACGGUUCUUUUUCACCUUAUUUGGGAUGUUAUGCAGGUUGUGACUUUUAUUUACAGGCUCAAAAUAUGGCACUGGGGUGUCCUCAUGAUGAAAUGCGGUUUUUACAACUCAUCUCUCCAUUUACACUCGAAAUUCACAACAUUCCAAAACAUUUUACGAAUAAGGCGCUCUUUAAGGAGGUCAUGCAAAAGAUUUUCAGUGAAUACUCUCGAAAUUUGAAUGCUCCUAAAAAUACAGAUAUCGUCUCAGCGUAUCAUGUCAUUAAUUAUUCAAAACGAGAGAAAUUGCAAGAACGUUUCGAGAAACAAUUGGAAAAUUUGGAAGCCUAUAAUUGGUUAAUGAAAAAGAAUGAAAAAAGACCAAAGAAAUGGAUCUUUUUCGAAAAGAAGGAUAAAUCUGAAAUGAGACCUCCACCUUCUCCUUCUCAUCAUCCAUUGCGUCAUGCUUCAAAUUCUGAUGAAAAUGGAAAUUCAAAAAAGAAAAAACGAGUUUUUGCUCAACACGUCGAUGCCGUUUCGUACACCAAACGAAAGAUUAUUAAACUCUAUAAUGAGAUCAUGGAAAUUGAGGAAGAAUUGGAUUAUUCAAGUAAUUAUCCGAAUCGUGUGAAUAGUCCCGUAUUAGGAAGUGGCAUUGGUUAUGUCGUAUUUGCUUCACGAGAAGCUCUUCACAAUGCCCUUAAGAAUUACACAUCGAUUGGAGGCUAUAUUCAAGCUUAUAAGAGAAGAGUGAGAGAUGAGAAUGGUGAGGAGAUUGCUCACAUUCUGACUCGAUCGGAACGAAAUGCUCUUCCUUCAAAUUCUGAAAAAAAAGUCAAGAAAGUUCACAUGAGAGCAUUUCCAACCAAAUACGAACAACGAGAUAUUAACUGGGAUUCACUCUAUGAUCGAUAUGAACAAACAUGGAUCAAACCUGUGCUCAUUCGAGUAGUCAUCUUUAUUCUCAUGAUUUUAAUUUUGGUAUUUUUAACCACUCCUGUCACAAUCAUUUCAAGUGUGGAUGCAUUGUUUACAAUACCUCAAAUACGAGAAGUGAUUGAUCAAAUUGUGAGUUUUGGAGGUCCAAUGGCUGCUUUCUUUUUCCAAUACUUGCCAUCCAUUCUGUUGUUGUUGACUUCUGCACUGAUUCCUGUGCUGAUUACAUUUUUAACAAAAUUUGAAAAAUUCAAAACGUAUGGAGAGUAUAAGAGAACCCUGUUGAGAAGAAUGACACUCUUUCUGUGGCUUAACACUUUCAUCUUUCCAACUCUUGUAUUGACCUCAUUGGAUGGAAUUACCAAUUUUUUCACCAAGCCCAAUAAUUGGAGUGUCGUCUUUUCGAAUUUAUUUAUGGCAGACAAUGGAUCCCUGUUUAUGAACUUUAUUUUAAAUAAGACAUUAUGGGGACUCACAUUUACAGUGAUGCCAUUGGUUUCUUUGAUCAUGUAUUUAGUCAUGACUCGAUGUACAAGUCCAGUAUGGAAGAAAGUGAAAAUAUUUCAUCGAAAUAUGAAAUCAAAGGAUAAGUUGAAAUGGGCAGAAGGACCUGCCUUAUGGUUGGAUGUUCAAUAUUCAACUACUUUUACCGUAUUUGUGAUCAUGAUGACUUUUAGUGCAUUUUCACCAUUUAUUUUGUUAGUUGGAUUUGUAUAUUUCACAUUGAGAUAUUUUGUGGAUCGUUUUUCUAUUGCAAGAAAUUAUUCUCAUCGUCGAAUUCAACAUUCACUCAAGAAACAAACCAAUUAUAUAACGAGUGACGCUCCUCAAUGUCCAUCCUUUGAAUCAGCAGCAACAAAUACCAAGCGUACACCUACAAAUCAUAUUGGUGACGAGGAAAUGAAUGUUCAUAACGACAUUGUGAGACAACCCUUUGGAAGUAUCUUUGGAUUUAAAUCAGAUUAUGUGUCUCACAGACGAUACAUGGCGGUUCUUGUGGAAUUGAUGUUGGCUGCAUUGAUUUUGUAUUCAAUUUACAGCAUGCUGUUUUUUGCAAGCAAAUUACCUCAAAGUUCCUUCUUUAUUUUCCACAUUACCAUGAUGGCACUGUUGACCGCCGUAUUGUUGUUGGCUUGCGUAGUGGUGAAUGUUGUCAACAAGCGAAUUAUAAGGGAGUGUGGAAAGUCCAAUGAACAAGCUCCCUAUCAUUCCACCUCUUAUUAUGCCAAUGAUUUUUAUAGCCCUAAAUUCUAUUGGGAUUACAAGAAUAUGCUUAACGAGACAGUGACAAAUUUGUAG